AUGAAUAGAUUUAAGAUUGAUAUAGGGAAGUUUAAGGUGGACUUGAAGUUGCUCGGAGACAUUUUCAUCCUUGCCGGUGCUGGUCUCUCCAUGUAUUACAUUGUACACAGUUUACUCAAUGAUUAUGUGGAUAGCACUGUUAAGAACAAAGAUAACGAAAAGAAACUGAAGGGGAUCUUGAAACGGUUACAAGUAGGGAAUCCUCAUUUGAAGGAGGUCAACUUCAAUCAAUACGAAAAAGCUUUAUUGAGUUCACUUGUUACACCUGAAGAAAUCAGUGUUACUUUUGACGACAUUGGAGGAUUACAAGACAUUGUUGAUGAACUAAGAGAAGCUGUUAUCUUACCAUUAACCACGCCUGAAUUGUUUGAAGUUCAUCUGGACUUGAUACGAUCCCCCAAAGGUGUUUUAUUCUAUGGACCUCCAGGAUGUGGUAAGACCAUGUUGGCUAAAGCCAUUGCUAAAGAGAGUGGAGCAUUCUUUCUUCUGAUUAGAAUGUCCACCGUUAUGGAUAAAUGGUAUGGAGAAUCCAAUAAGAUCACUGAUGCCAUAUUCUCGCUUGCAAAUAAGUUACAACCAUGUAUUGUGUUUAUUGAUGAGAUUGAUUCGUUUUUAAGAGACCGGUCAUCAUCAGACCAUGAAGUUAGUGCUAUGUUGAAGGCAGAAUUCAUGACUUUAUGGGAUGGUUUAAGAUCCAAUGGAAGAGUGAUGGUGUUAGGGGCUACCAAUAGAAAGAAUGAUAUUGAUGAAGCAUUUUUAAGAAGAAUGCCUAAAACGUUUGCUAUAGGAAAACCAAAUUCUGGACAAAGAAGAUCAAUACUAACCAAAAUUCUUAAAGAUUCCAAACUUGAUGAAUAUGAAUUUGAUUUGGAAUAUAUUGUGGAACAAACUCAAGGAUUUAGUGGCUCGGACUUGAGAGAAAUGUGUCGUGAAGCAGCUAUAUUGCCAGUAAGAGAAUAUAUUCGGGAACACUACGACUAUAAGGAAGGAAAGCUCACAUGUGAUGUUGAAGAGCUUCCCGUGAGACCAUUGAAGACUUCAGAUUUCAUUAAGAAUGGAGUUAUCUCCUCCAAUGUAGAUUAA